AUAAUGAGUAGUUAUUUAUGAUGGAGGUGAUUUGUAGAUCAGUUAGUUGGCAGUCGUCUGCAAUGCCGAACAAGCCCAACCCUACCUCCCGUUGAUAAAAUCUAGGCGUGCUGCAUUUACUGGUCCACUCGUGAUUGAGGAACAGUCGACAUAAACUCUCUGUCUUCUGCUUCACCGAAAGCUGUUGAAGGAAUUUAACUAUGGCUCCUCGAGAUAUAGAACAACAGACACUUGAAAUUAUUUCUUGUUUUUUUGAAGAGGAGCACGCAUUAGGUUUUCGGGAUUUGGGCGGAUGCAUUGAGUCCGAUGGACCUGGAGAUGAUGACAGGUUUGACCCAGUUGUAAUAGCUGAUAAACUGAGGGAACUUGGAGAUGAUUUUGAAGAGAAGUUUAUCCAGCCUCAUAUCAGAAGACUCCAACAAGCAGUUGCAAACAAGGCGGUGGAGGAGUUUGCGCGUAGCGUGGACAGCCUGUGUGCGGCCCAGAGUGCAGAGGUGGCCCCUGAGAUGCAGCUGCUGAGGGCCUCCAUGGCCCUGGGUCUGUACGUAAAGAAGACCUGUCCCGAUCUUAGAGCCACCAUCCAGUCUUGUAUGGCUGCCUUCAUUAACACCAGGCUGGCAGGCUGGAUCACCCAGCAGGGAGGAUGGGAUCAAGUUACUAUGGUAUAAAAACAUGGAGAAGAUCUCAACAUCCUUUUUGUACAAUGAGGAAGAGGGCUUAACAACUCUGUACAUCUGCUAAGUCUUUCCUCCUUCCUAUUUCUUACGUUCCUUUCAUGGCCAGUUUAUACUUGCCAGUGGUACCCACUCUCUCUCUCUUCACGUCCCCUGAUUUUGGUUCUUUGAGGAAGAGACUGCGUCACACAAUCAACAGAAUCGCCACUGACUUUUUGACCUUCCUCUCUCCUUGUUCUAAGCAAUGGGCACCUGCAUCUGAAGUAGUGUUGCAUAUUGGAAUCAUGACGUAUGGCAAUCAAUUGCAUUUUCUAUUUAACGUCACAUUGCCAAAACAACCAAUAUAGCUUUUGGAAAAACAAUCAGUUGCAAUGUUUUGUACUUUAUGAAGCAUUUUCAUAAACAAUAGAAGCAGGUUACCAGAUAAUCACAAGUUUUCAAUUAAUGUGAGAAUCCACUGUGACGUAAUCAAAGAACACAAUGAAAGUCACAUGUUAAUCUCCCACGAAGCUGUGAUAAAUACUUGAAAGUGAUUCAUCGCUGAGUCAUGCAUCCCUUGGUAUAAGCUGAAGAGGUUUAUGACUUGUUUGACCAGGUUUUCUAAUAUACUCUUAUCCUCAUUCACUCUGUGAUUGUUAAACAUGCUUAUCGUUAGCUCUGCUCAACAAAUCAAUGUCGGAGUUUGUUAAAUGUGUUUGUUGCUGGUGUUAGCUAAUGAUCUUGAAGUGUGUACAAGAAACGCGAAAAAGUCUUAAAUGUGAUGUGCAUUAAGAAAAUAAAAUGUUAGGGGUAUCAUUAGUGUUAACCAACUGUGAGGUAAGAGUUACUCUCAUCAGAGCUCAGGACGCCAUGCUUGUAGAGGGAAACUCCAGUAGUGCAAAGUGCUGCUGGUCAAAGUCAACAUUGUAUCAAAAUAAACUCUGACUCAUACCAUUUACAGUCACUUCACCUUUAGUAAAGAUGUACAGCACCAUGUGUAAGUGGACCAAAGGGAAUUAGAAAGUAGAUAAGGUGUGGAACUUUUCUUUCAAUUGUACAUUUGUGCCUAGUUGUGUGUAAUUUUGUCUUAAUGGUUUUAAUAAAACAUGGAGAUACAUUGUGAAAGAUCA